AUGGCCUCGUACCUACGGGAGCACUGCCGUGGUUCCCUGUCCUUCGCUGAGCGUCGACGGGUGCGGAAACUGUGUCCCCGACCGGACGUGGAGGAAACGCGAUGUCCACGCGUGGACCCGUUCUUGGCGGAUGUCCAGGGCCUGGCCAACGCCAAGAGAGCGGAUAGAAUGCUGGCCAACAUCCAACAAAAGGUUACGGACGUUUUCCGUCCCCUGGCCGCGCUCUGGGCUGCUAUUGAGCAGGGCCGGCCGGUCCACGAACUGACCGAGCUGGUCCAGAUGGCGAUCGUCAUGACGGGCGACGCCUCGAAUGUAUUGUCGGAGACACGCCGUCAGCGCCUCAUGGCAGCGCUGCCAAAGAGAUGCCCGAAGAGCCUGCUGCAGGGCUUGCGUCCUUCCGGUGAUCUCCUCUUCGGUGAUGGAUUUUCCCGGGAGUAUAAACGGAAGUGCCAGGAAAUGGACGAGAUAGAGGAUCUCCUAUCCAAGGGUGCAAUUCGACCGGUGAGCCCAUCUCCCGGCCAGUUCGUGAGCCGGUUAUUCACCGUACCCAAGAAGGGUACCACCGCCGAACGUCCAGUCAUCGACCUCCGCCACCUGAACGAGCACGUGCGGUACGAGCACUUCCAGAUGGAGGGUCUCCACCUUGUUCCCCUAUCCGUCCGAGAGGGCAAUUGGCUCACAAAGCUAGACCUCAAGGACGCGUACUUCACCGUGCCGAUCCAUCCCCAGCACCGCCGGCUCCUGCGCUUCAGUUGGGAGGGCCAACUCUACGAGUUUCAGUGCCUACCGUUCGGCCUGUCCAGCGCCCCCCGGGUAUUCACGAAGCUGAUGAAGGUCCCGAUCAGUGUUCUUCGUCGUCAGGGCAUUCGUCUCAUCCUGUAUCUCGACGACCUUCUCCUGAUUGCCGAGUCACGGCCGGCCGCCGUGCUGCAGACGCAGCAGGCCAUUCAACUCCUAGAAUCUCUGGGUUUCGUAAUCAAUCGGAAGAAGUCCAUUCCCGAGCCUACGCAACAGCUCGAGUUCCUAGGAUUUCAGUUGAACUCUGUGGCCAUGACGAUGUCGGUGCCGAUCGACAAGGCGCGGAAACUCCAGCAGGAGUGCCACCGAGCCCUGUCCCAGCCCUACCUGUCCAUCCGCGCAUUGGCCUCACUCCUGGGCAGGAUGGUUGCGUGCUCCCCAGGCAUGUUUCUGGCUCCACUGCAAUUCCGCCACCUUCAGCAGUUGAAGAUUGCAGCCCUUCGUCGCCAUCAGAGCUACCUUGCCACGGUACGCCUGACGCCGGAAGCCAGGACGGAGCUGACGUGGUGGGCAGCAGAUCUAGAAACUUGGAACGGUCGCUCGAUUCUCAAACCUCCCGCUCAGCUCACCAUAUUCUCCGAUGCGUCCCUGCUCGGCUGGGGAGCGGUGUGCGGCACAACGAGUACUGGGGGUCAAUGGUCCCCUACCGAGGCCAAUCUCCACAUCAAUGCUCUGGAAUUGAUCGCUGCCUCAUUCGCGGUGAAAGCCUUUCAUCACCGGGCCUCUUACCGUCCUCUGCACAUCAAGUUGUUGAUCGACAACACGACAGCCGUCAGCUACAUCAACCGCUUAGGCGGCACGCAUUCCCGUCUCCUGUCCCAGAUCGCUUGCGACCUCUGGAGAUGGGCGGUCCAACACGAUAUCCGCCUCCAGGCGGAAUAUGUGCCGAGCGAGGAGAACCCAGCGGACCAUCCUUCUCGGGGCUCCCUCUCCGAGUCCGGCGACUGGCGCCUGGACCCUGCUCUGUUUCGCAGGAUUCAGAGGGCAGCUCCUUGGACCUUGGGUGCUUCAUCGUGUGGCCUCACUCCAUACUUGCCGGAUGAUACUGGUCGCACCAGUAUGGGAUACGCAGCCAUGGUACGCGACUUUGCUGCAGCUGUUGGUCGAUUUCCCCAUGCUUCUGCCCACAUUCGACUGCCUGCUACUCUCACCCUCGGGCCAUCCACACCCACUGGUACUAUCCCGCCACCUGCGCCUCGCCGCAUGGCCUAUCUCCAGCAGCGCUUCAAUGCAGCAGGACUUUCUCCACAGGUCGUGCGACUCCUCUCCUCCUCUUGGCGGUCAUCAACCAAUGCCGCUUACGCAUCGGCAUGGGAGCAGUGGCUGGGCUGGUGCAGUCAACGGUCAGUGGAUCCCGUUCGCCCAUCUUUAGCUAUGGUGCUCCAGUUCCUGGCCGAUUCCUUUGAGGACGGCCGCAGCUACAGUACCCUGAAUGUCUAUCGGUCAGCGAUGUCUGCUACCCUGCCUGAGCUGGAUGGUGCACCCAUUGGCCAGCACCCGUUGGUGGUGCGUUUGCUCCGUGGUAUCUGCCUAGAGCGUCCGCCGCAGCCGCGGUACUCACAUACUUGGGAUGUGGGUAUUGUCACUUCUUGGCUCUCUAAACUGCCUGCCAACACGGACCUGUCUCUCCCUGUCUUGUCUGGCAAGUUGGCCAUUCUGAUGGCCUUGACUGCUGCUCGGCGCUCUUCGGACCUCCACCGGCUAAGCCUCAACUCUCAUCGUUUCUCUGCCGAGGGCGUGGUAUUUGACUAUCUCACACCCCCUAAGCAGCAUCGCCCUGGUUCGGAACCAGCCCGACCUGUCACCUUUGCUGCCUUUCCUGUGACUCCUGCACUCUGUGUUGUGGAGUGCUUCAGGGAGUACUUGCGUCGGACCGCCGACCUGCGACAGGCAUCUUCUGCACAUCUGUUCCUCAGCACGAAGCGUCCGCACCACCCUGUCACCUCUGCAACGAUUGCUCGUUGGAUCAAGCAGGUUAUGUCCAAGGCUGGUGUGGAUACAUCAUUGUUUGGUGCCCAUUCCACUCGUGCCGCUUCUACGUCUGCUGCGAAGCGUAAAGGUAUGUCGACAGUGGACAUCAUGAAAUGUGCUGACUGGAGUUGCGCAUCUGUGUUCCAGCGCUUCUAUUUCAAGCCAUGGGAGGGUGAGACCAGCGGCUCUUCCCCAUCGGCACAUCAGCAGUUCUGCCGCUCUGUGCUUGCGCCGUAG